UGCUUCUAAACUUAUUCUUCAAGAUUCCACAAAACCCAGAUACAAAGUUUUGCAUCUAAGCAGUGCUUCUAAACUUGCUGGUAUUGGGAUACAAUGAGUUUCCUGUCUGAGUGGAUGCCUUUGGCCCCACCUAGUGAUGAUGAAAUAUAUAAUCAAGGAAUUCCUAUCAAGGAAAAGGUUAAGGAAGAGAUCAAUUGGGAGAAUGAUCUGGAAAUUAAAGAAGAGAAGGAUCUAGAAAUUAAGGAAGAAAGUUUGGACUAUGAAGUGAGUGAUACAAACCUAAAACAUGAGUAUCCUUCCUGUAUGGGAAGUAAGAGCAUCAGAGAGGAAGAAAAUGGAAAAAUAGAAGACAGUAAUGAUGCAUUGGUGACAGCACCAUUUGUGGCUAAGUUUUGUGAUACCAUACACGCAUCAGACAGCCACAAGGAAGGAGAAGAGGCAGCAUACGAAAAGACAUGUUCUCAAAGAGUUAAAAUAGUGGAGCAAAAUAGAGUGGAUACAAAGAAAACUCACACAUGUGAGAUAUGUUGUAAAACAUAUGCAUCAAAAUCUUAUUUACAUAAUCACAUGAGAGAUAUACAUACAAAGGAGAAACCAUAUAAGUGUGAGGCUUGCAACAAGACUUUUACAGUUAAUAGGAAGCUAGUGAUACACCGGAGAAUGGAAUGUGAGUACAAGUGCUCAUCAGAUAAUUACCAGGCACCUAAGGAUGGCAAUAACGAAGGGAUGUCUGGAAAAGUACCUGAAAUCUGGAAAUGCUUCACUUGUGAAGUGUGUAGUAAGAAAUUCCCUUUUAAACGUAGACUAUUGACACACAUGAGGGUUCAUACAAAGGAGAAGCCUUUUAAGUGUGAGGUGUGUGCUACACCAUUUGCUAGGAUAACUGACAUAUGUAACCAUAUGAAGACACAUACAAAGGAAAGACCUUAUAGAUGUGAUACAUGCAGUAAAGGAUUCUCCAGGAAAUCUUGUCUUGAGACACACAUUAAAAGAGUACAUCUAAAGGAGAGGCCUUUCAAGUGUGAUAUAUGUAAUAAAAGCUUCUUUCAAAAAUCCUAUCAUAGGGAUCACAUGUUAAUUCAUACAGAAGAGGACCCCUUUAAGUGUGAGAUUUGCC